UCCCGCUACUCUAUUGCUCACAAAUCUUGUUUUUCUAUUCUAAUCCUUCAAGGAAUUAGAUCGAUUAUAAUUCAAUAACAAAUAUAAGAAUGUAAUUAUCCUAUUUUAAUUGAGAACUACUAUUUUAGAACCCUAAGUCACACAUGAAUUUUGCUUCCUUGUGAUAUUAAAUUUAACCAAAUUAGCCAUCAACAAAGAUCGUAGAGAAUUUCGGUUCUUAGUAUCAUAGAGAAUUUUAGUAUUUUUCAUUCUUAAGAUGAUGAGAUAAAUAGAAUAUGUAACUUUAAAGAUUAUUUAUUUAUGUGUGAAGGUUAUUAAAACAUGCUGAAACUAAUUAUUUGUCUCCAUAACCAAGACUCAGCUUAGGACACUUUGCAUCAUUUUGCGUCCUAUAAUUAGUAGAAAUUUGGCGUUCUCUAGAUUGGGCGUUUCACUGGUUUUGACCGCUGGAUUUGUCUCAUUUAUGAUAGCCAAUAGCUUUUUCCAAGGGGUUGUUGGUGUGAGUAAGAAAUGUCUUUGUUUUGAGGUGAAGGAAAUCUUUAAUUGUCAAUUAACAGGUGUGACAACUCAUCCUUUUAUUUUUCUUUUAAGAAAAAGAAAACAACUACAUUAGAUAAUUAGCCAACGGCUACAAAAAGGUUGGGCAUAUCUGCCCAAUUAAAAACUCCUCCCCAAGAGCGUAAUACACACUGAAUCCAAAAUAUGUAAAACAUUUCCAAUGACCUCAUUAGCUAAUCUCAAAAUACCUCGGACUUUAUAUACCAAGAAAUUGGAGUUAGUCAAUUCACUUUUUAGAAUUAGAAUAUACUAUUUUGCUCCACUCGAACCCUCACCCUCAUCCUUCAGCCUAUCCGAAGAACCUAGAAGAAUCAUGGCCUCAACUAAGUCGGUCUACAGAGUGUAGCGGUAAAAGAUUAUGAGUAGUCCGAUUCAUAUGUCAUAUAUAAUUAUGCACCUUGUAGAGUGUCUAAAUAAAACCUAUCGUGGAAAUGAGUUUUCUAUGUGCCCAUAAGAUGACAUUCAUGGUCAUGCGUGCGUGAGCCACAUGAAAUGUUUGCGAGUCAUAGCUGUUGUGACCACGAUCAUGUGGCACCACCACAACGGAGGCGGCCCCAAACACAGAUGCGUGGCAGUGAAGCAAAGCGGACCACGACCCAUCUCGUUGCUUAAUCCUAACCGAGCAAUCCAAGGUGAGGUUUUUGCUUGGGUUUGUAGGAGAAGAGAGGAGAGGAGAGAGAGAGAGAGAGAGAGAGAGAGAGAGAGAGAGGGAGGAAGAUGGGGAGAAUUUUGAUGGUGGAGUUGGAUGGGAGGGUCUACCGCUGCCCAUUCUGCCGAACCCAAUUGGCUCUCAUAGAAGAUCUCAUCUCCAAGUCUUUCCAUUGUCGUCAUGGGAAGGCGUACCUGUUCAAUCAUGGUACAAAUAUCUCUGUCGGAGACGAAGAAGAGAGAGUGCUGUUUUCUGGAAUGCACACCGUAGCUGACAUUUUCUGCUGCUGCUGUGGACAAAAUGUUGGUUGGAAAUACAUGAUGAUCUCAAAGCUGUUGGAAGUCAAUUUUAUAUGCGGGCUAACACAUUGUAACCGGGUGGUCGCACAAGAGAAGAUCCAAAAGUACAAAGAAGGAAAAUUCGUCUUGGAAAGGGGUAGAAUAGCUGAUGGAACUGACUUGGAGUUCUACGUCGAUACCCGUCCGAGCGGGAGUGGUAAUAAGUAUUAGCUGACCGACCGACCAUAGAGGCCCGACCCAGUGUUGGAAGUGGACAAGUUGAGCACAUGCGAAGCUGGUGUGCUCAUCCUCGGAGUCCAAACGUGCGGCGGGCACGGCGGAAACGCUCGCGUCCCGUCGAUUCUUUUUACCGCUGUCGUGCAGCAGUAUGCUGUCUCUCUCAGUCCAUCAGCUCCCCCACGGCCAACACACAACACCUGCCUCCUCACAGGAAGACUUCGCAGCGCCCCGAUGUACCACGCUGGGUUACGUGUCAUAUGAACCAUCGGUGCCCCCCCCCCCUUCCCCACCCGGGGGGGCUCAUGCAUUCCCGAGGACGCCAUCACUUCCUCUCACCUCACGGGUUACCCCGCCCCACGAACCACA